AUGGCCGCCAGGCGAAAUGAGCGCAUCGAUUUCCCCUAUCCUCCGCAGCCCGGCAUGGCGCCGCACCCGCAGCAGCAUCCGGCUCCCGGUCAGCCCCCGAUGAACGUACCCCAACCCCAGCCGCCCUCGGGCCCAGGCUCUCAGCAGCAGACCCCAACUCCUACGCCGCAGCCCAGUCGCCCAAACAAACGCCGAGCUCCCAACACGGCGCCUUCGCCUGCUACCCCGGCGGCGGUCCCCGCCGCUACCCCAGGUCAGGCUCCUGUCCCAACGCCUCCCAAUGCGCAGUCUGUUCCGCCCCCUGCCGCCCCGGCCCCCGUCGACGACAGCAACGCCACGCCUACACAACCGCCUGCCAAGAAGAGCAGGACCAACACGCCUUGGACACCCGCAGAGGAGCAGCGUCUCAAGCAGAUGCGCGAUGCUGGGAAUAGCUGGGCAGAGAUUGCGAAGACUUUCCCAACGAGAACAGAAGGCUCCGUAAAAAAGCAUUGGUACAAGGAUAUGCACUACGCCGAAUUUGCUGAAGAUGAAAGCCAGGCGCUUCUCAACGCAAUCAAAGACUACGAAAACAACAAGUGGAAGGUUAUUGGCCAGAAGGUCGGCAAACCCGCCAAGGCCUGUGAGCAAUACGCAAAGGAACAUUUUCCCGACCUUUUUGCCAGCACCAAGCGAUAA